UCACUCUCUGGGGCUGCGAGAGGACGCGCUGCUGCUAGACCCGCUGUGGCCACCAGGUGGAGCCUCUUUAUCAUCUUCCGCACCUGCGCCCUGGGCUCACUCUCUGGGGCUGCGGGAGGACACGCUGCUGCUAGACCCGGUGCGGCGUGUUUGGCGGUGGUGGGCGUGCCCGCGGGUCCAGGAGGGCCCCUCUCCCAUGACCGCCGACCACGAUGAGAGCGGGAAGGCCCUCUCGGAAGGAAGGGCUCUGCUCUACACACGGCUGUCUCUUGAGGAAGGGCCGCUGGGCACGCUUUCCGGACCGAGGUCGCUGGUAGCUGGAUAUGUCCUUUAAACUUCUGUGGCAAUUCAUUUGAGAAGAAAUGCAACUUCUUCUAUUGAGGAGUUCUUAUGCUGGCAGUCAACAUUAUUACAUGAACAUUUCAGAUGUCAUCUCCUUUGAUAUUUUGGUUUCAGCCAUGAAAACAGGAAAUCAAAGUUUUGGGACAGAUUUUCUACUUGUUGGUCUUUUCCAAUAUGGCCGGAUAAACUCUCUUCUCUUUGUCGUCAUUGCCACCCUCUUUACAGUGGCUCUGACAGGAAAUAGCAUGCUGAUCCACCUCAUUCGAUUGGACACCAGACUCCACACUCCAAUGUACUUUCUGCUCAGUCAGCUGUCCAUCAUUGACCUCAUGUAUGUCUCCACCACAGUGCCCAAGAUGGCAGUCAACUUCCUCUCACAGAGUAAGACCAUUACAUUUUUGGGCUGUGAGACUCAAACGUACGUGUUCUUGGCCCUUGGUGGAACUGAAGCCCUUCUCCUUGGUUUUAUGUCUUACGAUCGCUAUGUAGCUAUCUGUCAUCCUUUACAUUAUCCGAUACUUAUGAGCAAGAAUAUCUGCUGCCUCAUGGUUGCAUGUGCGUGGGCCAGUAGUUCUAUCAGUGCUUUCAUACAUACAUUGUAUGUGUUUCAACUUCCAUUCUGUAGGCCUCGGCUCAUAAACCACUUUUUCUGUGAAGUUCCAGCCCUACUAUCAUUGGUGUGUCAGGACACCUCCCAUUAUGAGUAUACAGUCCUCCUGAGUGGACUUACUAUUCUGCUGCUACCAUUCCUGGCCAUUCUGGCUUCCUAUGCUUGUGUGCUUAUUGUGGUAUUCCAGAUGAGCUUGGGAAAAGGACAGGCAAAAGCUGUUUCCACUUGUUCGUCCCACCUGAUUGUGGCAAGCCUGUUCUAUGCAACUGUUCUCUUUACCUACACAAGGCCACACUCCUUGCAUUCCCCUUCACAGGACAAGGCGGUGGCAGUAUUUUACACCAUUGUCACACCUCUACUGAACCCAUUUAUCUACAGCCUGUGAAAUAAGGAAGUCACGGGGGCAGUGAGGAGACUGUUGGGAUAAUGGAUAUGCUGCAGAAAAUAUGACUUCAGAUCUCUAUUGAUUGAGGAUUAACAACAUAAAAAACUGUUUCUGAAAACUAUCUGGAAAGAUAUAAAUACAUGUUUUCUGUAUAGAAGUCACAAAAACAGUGUUUAUCAAUCUUGUUUAACUUGUAAAGCAAUAGAAUUCAGCCUUCUCAAAUCUGUGUUCCCCUGGCAUUUUAAUACUUUGACUUGCCCUCUUGAAUACUCUGAAAUGUGAACCAUAAAAAUAAAAUUUACUUAAACAUUUAACCUCAAGAUAAUCUAUAUAACAACCAAAGUUAACAGAGAGAAAAAUGCAUAAUUCAUUUAUUUCUUCUUUCACUCAGGUGUUUUAAUGCUUUAAUUUGUGUGUGACACUGUUACAGACACUGGUCAUGUGAGAGUAAACAAAAAUAAAAGCUGACAGAAAUCUCUGCUGAUCGGCAAACUUAA